AUGCCUCAGGCGCAAUGGGUACUAGACGCGGCUUACACCGCUGGCAAUGGCCAAUCUUCAUUCAGUGGUCCACCAUCUCCACAAAGACUUAGACGCGGGAACGGCGUCCUGCACCUGGACCUGCGAGGCGUACCUGCGGGCCCGGGAACGAGCUCCCCCGCUCAGCCCGCAAGCUCAGGAGUGCAAUGGAAGCCACCGAACAGCUACAAGCCACCCGGACCUGCGGACAGCCACGCGGCUUGCGUGCAUCAGCCCUAUUCCGCGCUCCUGCUCUCAGUGCUGAACGGGGGGAACAACUCCGCAGCGAGCGCCUCGCCAGGGGCUCGCGCAAGCGGCCCAGCAGCUAGCAAUGCCAUGACCGUGCUCUCCCCCGGCUGCACCCGCGGCCCCGUGCAGCCAUCCUGUGAUCCGAUGGUGGGGGGUCCCCCGCAACCAGGGGGUCAACGCCCCCCCCACAUUCGCCCAGCUGCUCCUGGGGGCUUCACGGUGGCUCGUGCGACCGCUGGCCAGGCCGCCGUACAAGGCGCCGCCGCUUCCUUGUCCGCCGGCGGCGCCGUCGGGACAUCCGCGACAGCGCGGCCUAAUCCGUACAAUCCAUUGCUACCCCGGCAAGGCGCAAGGUCUGCCGGACGACGGGGCCCCUCGACGGGGCCCACGCUGCCGGAGCCGCCAUACACGAGUACGAAUGGUCAAGGCAGCAGGCCGCCGUCACGGGGCUCCGCGAGGCAGCGGCAGGACGCCUCGAACGAUAACAUGCCGUACGCGCCGUACUCUGCUGCGUCACGUGGCGCAACCGACGCCAUGUCUCUCCGCGCUCGUUCGAUGGCCAGCACAGCCGCAUCGCUACUGCAAAGGCCAAACGGUGUUGCAGGCUCGAGCGCGACGGCGGCGACGGCGACGGCAGCAGGUGUCUCGAUGCACGGCUGCCAUCCCGAAGACCUCAUGCAGCCGAUGACGGCGGCGAUGGAGGCAGCAGCGGCUGCGGCGAUCAGGGCGGUGGCGAAAGCGGUGCAAUCGCCAAACUCGACACGGACGCACGGCUCAGGUGCCGGCGGCGGCGGCGGCGGCGGCAGUGCAAGCAGCAGCGGUGGUGGCAGCGGCGGAGCCCGCGGCCCUGACCUUGGAGCAGGGCCCGCCGGGGCCCCUCGCAGCCACUUCGAAGUCCCUCUUGACCGCAGCGGCAGCGGCGGCGGCGGCGGCGGGAUCUGUUCUCGCGGCGAGUCAGUCGACCUAAGGUCUCCAUCACCCCAGGGUAAACGUCGUGACGGGAUGUACGGCGAGUCGCCAUCGCAGCCGCCGCCAAUGCCAGUGAGCAUGCAAACCGCGCUCGCGGUUCUAAGUACUGGCGCGGCCGCGGGUACGGCAGCGCCGCCGCCAGCUGGCGCUGGCCGCGACGCCGCCGCCGCAGCGACGUCACGGCUGCAGGCCGUUGUUCUACAACCGACGGCGCCGCCAGCUACCUCCUCAUCCGCUUCAUCAUGUGGACUUCCGGCGCGAGUAUACUCUCCCGUACCACGGCAUAUCGUACGAUCGUCCGCCAGCGGUACGGACGAUUCUGCGUUGGAUUUUUUUGGCAUGUACGAGGGUGACGUGUUAAGCGUGGAGGAGGGGGGUGGCGACGAUGAGGACGAUGAUGAGGAGGAGGGUGGCGAGGACGACGUGAGGGUGGCGGCGGGGCGGCCCGGCAGGUACGGACAAAGAUACGACGAGGCCGGCGGCGGGCGUCUGGACGACGCAGAGCUUCGGCCUUGGCGUGUUGGGUCAGGACGCGGAGUACGGAGUACAGCAAAUGUGCAUGCAGUACGGGCAGCGGCGGCGGCAACGGUGGUGGGGCAGAAGGGGCGGGCGACUCCGACACCGCCGCACCGGCAGCAGCAACAGCGUCCCGUGCCAUGGCCGCUGCAGCGGCCUCCUAGCGGCCGACCGCCAGCGGCGCCGCCGCCGCCAGGCGGCGGCGGCGCCGCCGCCGCACUGCGACGUCGCAGCAGCUUUGAUGCCUCCUCCAUAGCGGCGGCGGCGACAAGCUUGUACGGCAGAAUCAGCGAUGGCUUGAGGGAGAACUCCGCGUCAGAGGCCGGGUCGCGGCCCGGUACAGCAUCGUCCGCUUGGUCGGCGUACGACAUGCUCCUUUCACCGGAUCUAAAGCCGCCGCCGGGCCGCGGCCAAAGCCUGGACAACAUGCCAGCAGCUGGGGACGGCGGCGCUCAGGUGAUGGGCGGCGCCUCUGAAGAGGUGACGGCAGCGGCGGGGCAUCGCCGCGCCGCCAGCAAUCCCCGCGAUGCGACGAGGCUUGAAUGCCGCAGUAGCGGCGGUAAAGUUCCUGGGCCGCGCUUGAGCCGGAGCAGUAGCAGUGCCAGCUGCUACCGGGCUGCAGGCAGAAGCGGCGGCGGCGGCAGCAGCGCAACGGAAAGGACCGCCGUACAGGCCCUGGCCCUCCUUGCGACACUGGCACUGACAUCCCCGCCAUCUCCUGGCGGCGCGUCGUUCAUUUCCGGUGCUUGCGGCGCCACAGCCCCCACCGCCACCGCCGCCGCCGCCGCCGCCGCCGGCCGCAAGCGUGCCGGUGCAUCAACAGGCCGUGGCCGCAAGACUGGCGGCGGCUCCGCCACCCCACACCGGCCGCUGCAUCCUGCCGUCCUAGCCUUGGCGGAGAUGACCGCUGCGCCGUACGACCCCCAGCAGCGUUCGGACGAAAUUCCGACCGAUGAAAAGGGCCGCGCGUUUCCGUACAUUCAGCCGCCCGCUUUCCCCGGCACGUGCCCCACCAUCGCUUUCGUGAAGUCGGCGGCGGAAAAGCACGCCCGCGGGCUACAGCCGCUGCUGAGCCCCACGCUGUACGUCAAGUACGGCGGCGUGGCCAACACGCCCGUACGUACGGCAUUCCGGGAGGCGGGGUUACGGCCGACACGCAAGGGCAAGCGGUGGAUCGUACAAUGGGGGGGUAUUCUAGAUGCUCCGGCGCUGGCCAAGUUACACAGCUUUCAGAGGGUCAACCAUUUUCCCGGCACGUGGGAGUUAGGCCACAAGGGACACCUGUACCGCAAUGUGUAUAACGCCCGCCGCCGUGCACGUGGCCCAGCCGCCGAGGCCUUUGACAUCGUCCCCCGGUUUUACAUCAUGCCACGCGACUACGAAGAGUUCAAGGCUGACGUGGAACGGUUUCCGGACCGGUUGUACAUCCAAAAGCCAACGAACUCGUCGCGGGGUCGCGGUAUUCGGAUGGUCACCCGGCCUGAUGCCAUAUCACGCGAUGCCAAGGACAUGCUCGUACAGCAUUACAUCGCUAACCCCCUGCUACUUAACGGGUUCAAGUUCGACAUGCGUGUGUAUGCGGCCGCCACGUGUCUCGACCCCCUGCGGCUGUACGUCUUCCCGGACGGGCUUGCACGACUCGCUACGGAGCCGUACUCCGCGGACAAGGCCGAUUUGACCAAACGCUGCGUGCACCUCACCAACUACUCGGUCAAUAAAAAGUCCGCCAAGUUCGUUAAAACACAAGCGCUACUGCCGCAACCCCACCAACCGCCUCAACCACAACCAGAACAACAAGAACCGGCGGUGUGUGAUAUCGUGGCGGCGGCCGUGAUAGCCGCGGAGCCGAGGAUGAACACCGAGUUUAAAAUGAAGGUACCGCACCGCAACAACUGCUUUGAGGUGUGGGGUUUCGACAUCAUGCUAACGGAUGUUUUCCGUGCCUGGCUCAUCGAGGCCAACACCUGCCCCUCCCUGGCGGCUGACAGCGGACUGGAUAUGAGGGUCAAGUGCUCCAUGGUUUCGGAGCUCAUGCACCUUAUUGGGCCUGUGCCGUAUGACGUGGAGGUAUACGAGAAAGCAGCGGAGGCGAAGCGCCAGGCGCGUCUGACGGGGCUUCCGAUAGCGGCAACCAACCCCACGGCACGCAGUACGGCCGCUGGCGGCGCCGCCGCCGCCGCUGCUGACGAGGAAGCUCCUCCAACUCCCAACAGCCUGCUGGGCGCACAGCCUUCCUUUGGGCAGUCAACCUCAGCUGCCAGCGGCGGCGGCGGCGGCGGCGGCGGCGGUGGUCCUGGCAGCAAUGCGGUGGUGCAACCUAAAUCUCUGCAUGAGCUAGAUUCCAUUGACUUCACCGCUCUAAACCCGGCGGAGCUUCCUGAGGUUGUGUUGGAGGCGGAGGCGGAGAUGGCUAGGAAGGGUAGCUGGGAACGUGUUUUUCCAUGUGAAGAGGACCCCGCCAGGUACCUCAACCUUUUCGAGACGCCUCGCCUAAACAACAUAAUGCUGUGCAAGUAUUACGCGCAAACCAGCGGCAACGGGGGAGCUGGUGCCGGUGGUGCUGUUGGUGGUAUGGCUAGUGCGGAUCCUGUUUUUAAUGUUGAUGUUGAUGAUGUGGUGAUGAUCACGAAUUAAGAAGAGAACGGCGUGUGUUUCACCCUCCCUCCCCCUCCCCCUCUUUGAGAGCUCGGGGGGGGAGGGGGCCUCAAAUCAAUGAGGGGAUUGCACACGGAUUCUCAUGGCGGCCUGGGCAUGAGAGGAAGCGGAGGGAAGGGAGGAGUGUGAACGUACGUACAUAUGUAUGUUUAUUCAUCUGCGAUUGUGCGUCUCUUGUAUGUUUGAGGAGGUGGUCUAGUCAUGCUUAGUAGUGGUGUGAGAGCGUCUGAGAGGUGCUUUGGUGAGAAGACGAGGGGGAGGAAAGGGUUGCUGCGUGGGGUGUACGGCUGGCAUGGAGUGCAUGGUUAACUGUAUUUUAACCAACGUGUUCCGUUUAGUGUGCGGUCCGGCUACCUGCGUGUGCGGUAAGGGUGUGCCUGCGUGCAUGCUUCUAAACUUUUUCGUGUUGAAUUGGUUCGCAGGGAUGUCCCAGGUCUUUUGGCUGUGGUGUCUUCAUCUGUUGCGUGUGCUAACGAGUAUAAAUGGUUAUCUUUGUAUUGAUGUUUUGUCUUCUGUGUACGCAACUAUGCUGGCUCCUAAAAGCAUCUCUCGCACAUGUCGCCGGUUGUGUACGGUACU